AUGCCACCAAAGAGGAAAGCAGCUAGCAGCAACAGUUCCUCGAAGGUUGCCAAAGCAGCUGCCAACGCCACCCCUACCUCAAAUUACGACGAUGAAGAUGAAGAUGACGAUGACGAUGAAGAGGACGAUGAAGAUGAAGAUGACGAUAAAGAUGAAGACGAAGACGAAGAUGAAGAUGCUGCCAAGAAUGAUGGAAAUGGCAAGAAGGAUCAAAACGACAAGGGGAGGGGUAAAGAUUUAGAUCUCCCAAACCCAGGAGAGACGCUUGGCGAAGAAUGGUGUAGUAGGGUAUCUGAUAUGGGAUUCCCGCUAUCCCAAGAUGGUGUAGAGCUUGCCCAGAAACUGGACAAAGAACGUGACAAGAGAAACCAAGAUCAUUAUGAUACACAUAUUUACAACGACUUCAAUGGCUAUGGAAGUUCUGAGGCCAUACAAAAUUUUCUUAAAGAUUUCAAUCGUGAUAUCUACAAGAAGACUAUCAGUCCAUACAAGAAAUGGGCUUAUGUUGAAGCACUAGCAGUUUUCUUCAAAGCUGGAGACCCUGCAGAAUGGUUGAUGCAGGAUAAUCCUGAUGGACUAAGAGAAGAAGUCGGUAUGAUCGGAAUUAUGGUACUCACUUCAUUUGAAAUGCUCUCAGAGCACAAACUUUUCAGUGCGGAUUCAGAGAUCAAGAACAUUCCUAUCAUUUGCCUCAUCAUUCUCGAAUUCCUCGAUUCAUAUACCACAGAUCUUUUCGAUGGCUCAAGUUGGCAAUGUGAGGUCGUUCGAUUAUGCGACCAAGCAGGGAUAGAUCUCAGCAAGUCUAUCAGAAAACAAGUAGAUAUAGAUGAGGAAAAGUUAACGGCUUGGAGAGAGGAAUACAAGGAAAAGAAAGAAAAUUUCGAAGGGGCAGAAGAUGGAGACGGGUAUAAGUUUUGGGCCGAAAAGAGUGAUUGGCGUCCUGAGGAUGAUAUGAAAGAAAAAGAACCUGACUCACGAUGGAUUUUCCCCACGAAAAAUUGGUAUAGAUGGGAUUGGAAAACAGAGUAUCAAUUCGCAAAAGCCAAUCUCAAAGGCGGGAACAAAUACGAUUUGUCGAAGGUGCCCAAGUCUCAACUAACAUUCCAUAACCCUAGGUUUCAUCCUCUUGCUUAG